GCCUGCUCGGGCAGAAUGGUUCGAGGCCAAGCGUAAGGUUGGAUUUGCUGAUCCUAGAUCAACCAUUGAUGGCAUCUUCCACCUAGGGCAGCCACUGUCGUGAACCGACGUCGAAUGGCACGGUGUUGUCCUCCUCCUGCUGGGUUUAUGGCUGUCGGUGGCGGGGACAAUUAGACGAGAGUUGUCGCCGUUUCUUCAUGUCGCUGCCACCGUCGCAACCGUGGGAGCCGUUAAUGAAAACAAGAGGCUGUGGGGGGGUGUCUGCAAUCCGAAACUGUUUGGGUUUCGCUCCGUAAAUAGGGAAUGAACGACGAGAAAACGCCGGGCAGCUUCAAGAGAAACUCUGGGUGUUCCAGUAUUGAGCAAAUGCUGGCCGUGAACCCGGGGAAAACGCCCAUAAGUCUGCUGCAGGAGUAUGGAACGCGGAUAGGCAAGACCCCGGUGUACGACCUGCUGAAGGCGGAGGGUCAGGCCCACCAACCCAACUUUACUUUCCGCGUGUCCGUGGGCGACAUAAGCUGCACCGGCCAGGGCCCGAGCAAAAAGGCCGCGAAGCACAAGGCAGCCGAAGCGGCCCUCAAGAUGAUGAAAGGAGGGCUGGGGGGAGCAGGAGGAGGCGGGGGUCUGGGAGGAGGCGGAGAUGUAGGACUGGCUGGGGUGGAGGUGCCUGUUGAAGGGGGGAGCUCUCAUUCGGAGGUGAAGGUGUCCAGCUCCACGCAGCAAGCGGAAUGCAACCCUGUGGGAGCUCUGCAGGAGCUGGUGGUACAGAAAGGGUGGCGAUUGCCAGAGUACACCGUCACGCAGGAGUCGGGCCCGGCGCACCGGAAGGAGUUCACCAUGACCUGCCGCGUGGAGCGCUUCGUGGAGAUCGGCAGCGGCACGUCGAAGAAGCUGGCCAAGCGGAACGCCGCCGCUAAGAUGCUCUCUCGAAUCCACGACGUGCCGGUGGACCUGCGCAGCAGUCAUGAGGCCGAAGCCGAGGACGACACGUUCAACAUGCAGAUGGGGGGCAGGAUGGAGGGGGGUAAGAGUAAAGGUUUUGGCUGUACCUGGGACAGCCUGCGUAAUUCAGUGGGGGAGAAGAUCCUGCAGCUGCGCAGUCAUCCUCUGGGCAUGCCCAGUUCCAACUUCUGCUCCCUGCUGAGCGAGCUGUCUGAGGAGCAGCGCUUUGACGUCAGCUACCUGGACCUGGAGGAACGCAGCCUCAGUGGGCUGUGUCAGUGUUUGGUGGAGCUCUCCACCCAGCCAAUCACAGUCUGCCACGGCUUCGCGCCCAAUCUGGACGGGGCCCGCGCCAGCGCCGCCCACAAUGCAUUGCAGUAUCUGAAGAUCAUGGCCGGGGGGAAGUGACUGCUCUCCGCCCCUCCACGGACUUCCUGCCCCUUUCAGCGUCUGCCUGUCGCCUUGCCCUCACUUGAGUGACAUCACACGAGUGGCUCCGCCCGCCCCACACUUCCGUUCUUCGCUUCCCUAAAAGGAGGACUUUGGGCGCAGACAUAGCCGCCAGAAAAUCAGUGAAUGACCCUCUCCCCCUCCUCCUCCUGUUCCCGCUGCUGUGUUGAAGCAGCAGGGGGCGCCCUCCCGCAGUUGUACCCCAUGUUUGAGAUGAGUGUGUUUGUGGACCCCGCCCACAGCAGAGGUGAGCUUUGAGGGACAUGAUUUUAAGCGAAUACAUUUUCCCCCCUUCCUUAAAGACACAUCACUUUCUCAUGUUUUUAAAACACUAUUUCAGUUUUAGUACAUCAUUUGGUUGCCUCAGACUGUUCGUGUGUGUUGAGGGAGAUUUUAGGUAUGUCCAGAAGCUUCUGUUAUCUGAUAAUUCUUCAUACAGUCUGUUGAUGUAACAUAGCUGAACAAGCUGCUUUGGAGGUACUUCACAUGGAUUUUCCUGCUUUGGUCUACAGAUACUAGAAUGCCCCUAUAGCAGCCACUGUAAAGCUGGCAGGCAUCGGAAACAUCUGUAAGUGUUUAAAACAUCCUUCAUCACACGCAAAAACUGUCCGAGCCAGUCCAGAACAUGCACUAAAUCUGAAACGGUACAUUUUAAAAAAACAUCAGUGAACUAUCCCAUUACCGGCCCCGAUCUCUGGUUAGGGAGUCCAGAUAUAACCAAUAUGUAAUCUUUAUAGAGCUGUUACAGAGCUCAUUUUAUUCCUCUUUUAAAGUAAUUACACAGGUCGUUUAUCUCCAUUUUAAGUGUUUAAGCAAGACCAUUGCCCCAAAAUGAUCCGGACUAAGACACUGAAUCCCGGAAGAGUGUUUUCUGCCCUUCAGUUAGCAUAGACCUGUCACCUGCUUUAACUCCUGAGUGAAUUUCUGAGAUUUUAGCUACUGAGUGAAUUUCUGAGAUUUUAGCUACUGGGUGAAUUUCUGAGAUUUUAACUCCUGAAUGAAUUUCUGAGAUUUUAGCUACUGAGUGAAUUUCUGAGAUUUUAACUCCUGAAUGAAUUUCUGAGAUUUUAAGCUCCUGAGUGAAUUUAAGUCACCCACUGGCUCAGGAGUCGGCAUACACUUCUCACCCUUUUUCUACUGGCUGCCAAUCGAAAGUAAACCUCAAAAUCCUUCAGACACAGCGCCCCCUCCAGGCCUGGAGUUAAACCUGCAUGUGCUGCGGCCCUCCAGAACUGGAGUUAAACCUGCGGACACUGUGGCCCUCCAGGUCUGGAGUUAAACCUGCAGACACUGCAGCCCUCCAGUUCUGGAGUUUGAGGUCCUCGAUUUAGGAUGACAUCUUUCCUCGCUCACACUGCCAGGUGCAGUGGGUUUUUAGCGCAAAUCGACACAUUGGCCCCGACAGGUAGCAGGAGACGUGCUUUUCAACAUUACCACCUGGAGCAUGAAAACUAAACUGAUGAAUACUGUAUAAAUGGAUGAAUCCCUGAAGUGUGUCGAUUGUAACAAGACCAUGCCUUCAUCAACAAGCCUUCCAAGUUAAACACACUUCUUUGGUUUUACAUUUUAAUAAUAAAAAUUGAUACGGUUAGUGUUUACCCUGGACUAUAUUUUACUUUAUUGGAGUAUAAAUAAGUGUAGAGAAAGUACUUUAGCCUAGAAAUCCGUCAUCAGUGCGUGAACUUGACUCUCAAGUGUCCUUUCAUGUGCAGCCACAUGGUGGUGCUGUUCCUCAUCUUUCACACAAGGUUCUGAGUACUGGGGAACCCACUGUAUGCUGGUUUUGUCAAAGCUGAUUUCUUGGCUGUUGAAAAUGUGUUUCAUUUUUGCGGUAAUUGUGUGGUUAGACUUAUUUUUCCCUGCCAGGUAAACUCAUCCAUUUUACACAGAGGGUUUCCUGUUUCCACACUCCGCAAAUGGGAGCCAACUGUCAGUUUGUAACUGAAUCGAUUAAAAUGGAACCUCUUUAGCGUUGCAAUCAUUUGUCAUAUAGUACAUAAGCACAGGAAAUGAAAGCAUGAGCUGGUCUGACCGAUUGAAUUUCCUGCGAUGUGAAUAUGGCACAUUUAGUUUUUCAGGCGUACAUGGCUAUUUCUGGCAUAACAUGGCUUUGAUAGGGUGAAUCAUCCUUGAACAGGCUGUAAAGAUGUCUAAUUAAGACCAGUUUAGCAGCCCGUUACAACACAGAGCUCGUCAGUGCGGUUGGGAGAACAGCCGGCUUCACAGUGGGGCCCCACAGUGGGGUCCCCAGGGCCUGGUUCCGAAACACUGCUGUUAAGGGCCAGUGAGCCUCCAGUCGGUUUAACGGUUCCUGUCAGCGAAAGAGCCGCCGGACUGGAGGAAUGGACGCAGGGUUGAGGAACGUGAGCUUCCGCACGGUUUCCGGUUCUUACUGGGGUUACUGGGACUUCAGAACCCCAGACAAAUACCCUGUCUGCCCAUCAGAGCUUUGCCUUCGUGCGUCCUGCAUGCAGCAGCACAGAUGAAGGUUCUGUAUAUCCUGAAUACAUAUGAAUUUUGAAGCAAUACAGAGAUUAUCAAAGUCAAGGAAUAAUAGUUAUUUUUUCAGGUAUGUUCAACUGCUGAGGUCAUAAGCUGGUCCGUUGAGUAAUAAAUGGUGCUGGGUCAUUUCAUUAGCAGUGAUGUUUGGAGGUUAAUGCUGAGAAUGGAUGUGAGUUUUACAGCAGCGCGCACCCCUGGUCCUGGACUGCUUUCGUUUUUAAAUCUGUGGUCUUCAGUGUAUAACUGUCCAUUAUUAAAUGAAAUUUAUGCAGGGGAUGAUGCAUAUUAUUACAUAAUUUCUUCCUCUAGCGCAUGGUCACCUAUAUUUAUUUGGUGCAGUGGCUACUACAGAUAUGUAGUUACAGGUUUAGAUGGAACUAUUCAAAAUUAAAAUAUCUCCUGCAAUUCAGGACCAGGGUUAAUGAUCUGGAUUUAAUAUAGAUUUAUUUAUGAAUGUUGAAACAUUGCUUAUAUCUCUAAGGGUUCAUCACAGAAGUUACUGGGUGGACUCUAGCAUAUUGACUCUUUCCUUGUUGGAAAAUGUUAUUGUAAUCAUUACUCUUGUCCCUGACUGUUGUUUGCCUCUUGCUCUGUGUGGAAAUGCUGGUUUUAUUGUGGAAGUCCUCAUUUCGGGCCCAUAGUGAAAUUGAUUUCUUCUGCUUAUGCAUGUAAGCCACAGCAGGGCAACCGAGCGCAGUGUUUACAGUGACCUGUAAACCCGGGCCACCGGCCGAUAGCUCCCAUUGGCUCUGUACUGCAGCACGCUGUACUGAGGCUAGCUCCCAUUGGCUCUGUACUGUAGCACUCUGUACUGAGGCUAGCUCCCAUUGGCUCUGUACUGGAGCACUCUGUAGUAAGGCUACCUCCCACUGGCUCUGUACUGGUGCAUCCUGUACUAAGGCUAGCUCCCAUUGGCUCUGACCUGCAGCACUCUGCACUAAGACCAGCUCCCAUUGGCUCUGUACUGGAGCACUCUGUAGUAAGGCUACCUCCCAUUGGCUCUGUACUGGUGCAUCCUGUACUAAGGCUAGCUGCCAUUGGCUCUGACCUGCAGCACUCUGCACUAAGACCAGCUCCCAUUGGCUCUGUACUUGACACUGUAUUGAGACUAGUUCCGGUUGGCUCGUUUAUUUCAAAAUGUCAAAUUGAAUGAGGCUUACAUGGAAUGAGAGCCCAAUGUUUUAUAAAUGAUGUUUUGUGUGUUUUUCUUUUUAAAAUAAAAUGUUCAUUUGUAAUUGAA